UAAACUUCAAGCGCUAAAAUCACAUUUGGGGUAAUGUCUACGUUGCCCAAAAUCAAGGUCAAAGGAAAGAGAAGAGAACUCCGUCGUAACAUCGGAGCAUCAUCAGAUCAGCCCCUGUAAGAUUCUGAGGUCUGUGUUUGAAUGGAGAUGGAGGAGGAGAAGCGAAAGUGGAAGCGCUGCUCCGAACAAAACUCAUCAGCAGCACUUACCCAUAUAAACAAUCUGGACGACGGUUGUCUCAUGCACAUCUUCAGCUUCUUAUCCCCUAUCCCAGAUCGAUAUAACACUGCCCUCGUUUGCCAAAGAUGGUGUUUCCUGGCAUGUCAUCCUCGCCUUUGGCUUCGAGUAGAUCGGUAUUUGAAAGAUUUAUCUGAGCCUGGAGUUUUCCCAUGCAUUGAAGCAGCUGUCUCUGCUGCAAGGCCUGGUGACACCAUUCUGAUUGCAGCGGGAGGGACUCAUAUUGCUUCUAAUAUUCUGAUUAAAAAGCCACUUUGCCUGAUUGGUGGAGGUGAGCUUCCAGAUGAUACAACACUUUCCUGCUCCCGAGGUUCAGACAGUGCACUGGAGUUCGUUUCCACCUGCAAACUGGCAAACUUAACUGUGAAGGCGGAGCUGGGUUGCUGCUUGCUUCACAGGAGUGGGAAGCUGAUUAUUGACGGGUGUAUUCUCCAAUGCGAGUCCAACCCUUUAGACUACCUUUCAUAUGCGAUUGUGUGCGCGGCCAAUGGUCCUGAGGUAAUCCCGCCCUUAGUGAAGGCUUGUGGCGAUGGUGUAUUUGUUUCUCGAACUCGUAUUGAAGGAGGUGCAAAGGCAAUUUCAACUUCUGGGACCCUAGCACUGCAGCGUGUUCGGGUCAUUUAUGCGCGAACUUCUGUCUUUUUCUGGUUUGAUGUGGAGCAUCGGUGACGGUAUUUAUUCUUUUACCUCCCGAGCUUGUAUGUAUUUUAGCUAUAUAGCUGUUACUUGCUCAGGUAGCAGUGUUGUAUAUUGCUUUUGCUUUUUAUUCAGGACAGUGUUCUCUGCUA